UGAUACAACGGGCUCUAUCCCAUGUCCAACAAAUUUUAAACCAAUAGUUUUUAAAUAGUUAUUUUGGCUUUGCUUAUUCAAACAUCAUAUCUGCAAAUUUUGGAAGUUUCUACUCUGUAUCGUCGCGCUACCAAAUCGCCAAGAACAAUUUUGGUAAGAUCCAUGAUAAUACUGAUUGUGAUAGAGGGCAGCUUAUCCCGGUGACGGUUCUGACAAACGUGCUGUUUGGCAGGUGAGGUCAAGAACUGGAAAAGGAGAAUGUUCUGUUAUUAAAAUACAAUGGCAAAUUUGCCACAAAUUACAAAGAUGCCCUUAGAGUAAGCUAACGCAAGGACCUCUGAAAACACACAACACAGUAGUUCAUCAAGGAAAAUUUUCAUCAGCGUAGAGGUCGUCUGGUUUAGGAGUAUUUCACGUGGAAAGAUACACUUUGAUUGGGGGACAGGAAGCGUAAAAGAACGAUUGAGAUUGAGGCUAGAGAAGCCAGUAUCCAACAACAACACAACAUUCGGACAGAACCCUCGGACAAUUCUUCUGAUUCUGCGAACAAAGGUGGAAGAUUGCGGAAAAGAUCCAAAAAUAUAAAAGAAGAAGAAGCAGAAGAAGACAAUGAAAUGAUGUCUGUAGAUCCACAUGGGAUUAAAGUCUCUAAGUAUGAAACAAAGGAGCAAACUAAAGAGAGGUUUGCAAGAAUUCAUCUGCCACGACGCCCCUGGACCUCAACCAUGUCCAAGAUGGAGAAUCAUAGUGAGAUUGAAAGAAGACGAAGAAAUAAAAUGAAUGCAUAUAUUAAUGAACUAUCUGACAUGGUUCCUACUUGCAAUGGAUUACCAAAGAAGCCAGACAAAUUGACAAUUUUAAAGAUGGCAGUGACAUAUAUAAAGUCAUUGAGGGGUGGAUCUCCACCUCCAACAGAUGGAAAUUCCAAACCUUCCUUUCUCUCUGAUCAGGAAUUAAAGCACCUGGUUUUAGAGGCAGCAGAUGGUUUUUUAUUUGUCUUAUCAUGCACAACUGGAAGAGUUGUUUAUGUGUCAGAUUCGAUAACGCCAGUGCUAAACAAGUCACAGGAGGAGUGGAUUAAUCAGUCAAUUUAUGAUCUUAUCCACCCGGAAGACAGAGACAAACUUAAAGACCAACUUGGAACAGAAUUGAGCCACGAGACAAGAGUCUUGGAUCCUAAAACUGGCAGUGUAAGAAAAGAUGGUGGGCCAGGACGACUUGGUGUUGGUUCAAGACGAAAUUUCAUAAUUCGUAUGAAAUGCGGAAUAAUUGAAGACGACAUUGAGAGUGUCGAUUCGCGAAUGAAUGAAAUAAAAAAUAGGUGUAAAGAAAAACGCAAAACCUACGACGGAGAGGACUAUGCUUUUAUUCACUGCACGGGAUAUGUUCCGAACUUCAGUCCUGUUCUCACACAAGACAUCGAUCAAGAGGAUGGUGAAUGCUGUCUCGUUUGCAUAGGAAGAAUGCAGUCAACUACCAUGGCAACAGCAAAAGAUAAUGAAGUAACCCUGGCAACUGAAUUUAUAACGAGGCAAACUACAGAUGGCCGAUUUAGUUUUGUUGACCAAGCUGUAACAGAGAUCCUUGGUUACAAACCAAUAGAAUUACUUGGAAAGAAUUGCUAUGAAUUUUAUCAUCCUGAAAAUCAAGAAGAAAUGUUUGCAAAUUUCAAGCAAGUUCUCUCACAAAAAGGACAGCCGUUAACAGCAAAAUUCAAAUUUCGUCACAAGAAUGGCGAAUAUAUUGUCUUGAGAGCAAGUUGUUACAGUUUUCAAAAUCCUUAUACAGACGAGCCCGAAUACAUCAUUUGCACCAACAGCCCGGUCCGGAAUCGGUUGGACAAAGUUCCAGUAAGCACUAAAAGUGAGCCGGAUUCGUCAGUUGACAGCUCCGUACCCAGCUCACCUCAAUAUAAUGACGUAUCUUCGAAAUUCCAAGAAAUGCCUGGUUCAUUCCCGUAUCCACACCAAGCUGUGGAUUCGAGAGGAUUCAGUCAAGGAAAUUCUGCAACGAUAGUAUCAGAGGAUGAUUCCGAUCGUGGAAAAAGUAGCAAAAGGAAGAGUGGAGCCGGAAAGAAUAGAAAAACGAAGUCCGGAAAAUUGGAGUACGGAGGAGCUCUUGAGAGAAUGCCAACAGAUGAGAAGUUUAUGCAGCAAAGUCCUUUUGUUGAUUUCUCAAACUCGCAGGCUGGGGAGAUGCUUCGAGCAUUGGCCCGACGUCAGCAAGAGCAAACACAAACGUCAAUAGGUAAGCCCCCGACGUCACAGUAUGACCAGGCAAUGUAUGGCGCGAGCCAACCAAAUUGGCCAGGAGCCGGCCAGUUCAAUCUUCCAGGGUCGGACAAUGCUUACGACUACAUGGAUUCAAGUGCAGUUGGAAGCAGUCGAGGCCAGUCUUCUCCUUAUAAUUUACCAGUCAGCGAAAUAAAUUUAGCAAGACAAAUGCUUCAAUCGUCAGGCAGUCGAGGUUUCGAACAGUCAGCUCGAGGCCAAGUUCCGUACGGUCAUCAGCAAACUCCUCAGAGUAUGCCAUCACCAAAUGCACAGCAGCAAAAACUGCUAAAUUAUCAACAGCAACAGCAGAUGGGACAGCAAAGACCAUCGGACAUGCAGUUCCCGUACUAUUGAUAACCGACAAAGCGUGAAUUCGUUUAUUUAGUUCGUCAAAUUAAGACAUAAUGCGCCAAUCCAAUAGGUCCACCAGAACCCCACGUCCGUUGUCUGAAAUAUAAAUCGCCCUUGCCAAAAAUCGUUUACUUUUGGGAAUACAGUCUUAAACCUUUUCAGCAAGGGAAUUGUUUAGACCGUCAGUUAAGUCUUGGAGUUGCAAGACAAACCUCAGAGCAAUACCCAUGGGAAGCUCCUUUUAAUUCUUUCUUUUCAAAUGUUCUUUUAAAGCAUGUUUUCCCUCCCUUGCCCAUAUUCUAAUGCACGAAUGCCUCUGAAGUUAUGAAGCAAAUAGAAAUGACAUGGAGUGAGAAAGUCUCAAAAACGGAAAGCAGCGGAAAGCUGUGAAUUGAACGGGAAAAUGAAGAUGAGUACACAACAAUAUGUUAUAGGUAAUAAAAGCUUGAAAUAAAAUAUAGCUUAGAUAUUAUGCUUGCAUUUGGCAAACAGUAUGUUACUAUUUGUCCUUUGCUAAACAGGCAGAGCCUGCGGUAAGAAAUUACCGGGGCACUGUUCAAGAAA